CAUCACUCUCCACUCUCACUAUCUCGCUCCUCACCCCCCAUCCGCAGCUGCGAUUCGCCGCCCUCCGCCUUGGCCGCCGGAGAGCAGCUGCCGCCACACCCACCCACUCCGCCUCCUGCGGCUGGCCUAGCUCCACCUCCACGCGGAUCUGCUGUGCGCGGGGGCGUCGCACGCGCCGGACAAGGAUCUGCCGUUCCAGGUGGCGGCGCGACAGAGGAGGACCUCUGAGCUGGUGUGCGCGGACGCCACGCGCGCGCCGGGCGAGGAGCUGAAUGCUGCUCCCAUAGCCGACGCACCGGAGGAGGAGCUGACGUGGCGCUCGAUGCGCCGGAUCGACAACGCAUCUUCUACGCCGUCGCCGUCGUGCUGACCCCCCACUUCUUCUCUGCCGUGGGCGUCGUUCGCGGCAAGAUGCUGGGUGCAUCUGCAAAGCAUUGGGCACCAUGACGGAGCUGCUCUGUCGCCAGAUCUGAAUGACCACAACAUCCAUCCAAUCUCAAAGAAUCUUGUAGAUGGGUCAGCGUUAAGAUUAAUGGAGGGUCAUUGUUCAGUAAAUAAGAUUAAACCAUGACGGCAAGUGUGCCAUAGAAAAUAAGUGACCUGAAGUAUCAAUGGAUCUCCAAGCUAAUAGGAAUUUUACAAGAAGUGAUCUGGAGUGCAUGCUACUUGAUGAAGCCACAGAGCCCAAGGCCCUUCCGUUUUUACUUUUAGAAAAUAUCACAAACGAUUUCUCUUAUAAGAAGGAAAUUGGUAGAGGUGGUUUUGCGGUGGUUUAUAAGGGAGUGCUUGAGAAUGGGACAGUGGCUGUAAAGAGGUUAUCGAAUACGUAUAAGUAUGAGAGCGAAUUCAUCAGAGAGGUUGAAUGUCUCAUGAAGGUGAAGCACAAAAACAUCGUACGAUUUCUAGGAUAUUGUUCUGACACACAAGGGCAUGUGGGGAGCUACGAAGGAAAAUUUGUCAUGGCUGAUGUACAAGAAAGAUUGCUCUGCCUUGAAUAUCAUCAUAAAGGAAGUCUUGAUAAAUAUAUCAAAGAUGCGUCGUGUGGACUUGAAUGGAAAGCGCGCUAUCGGAUAAUCAAGGGGAUAUGCGAGGGGCUAUGUUAUCUCCACAGUAUAAAUAUUAUGCACCUAGAUUUAAAACCGUCAAAUAUAUUGAUGGAUGAUAAUAUGAUACCAAAAAUAACUGAUUUUGGUCUUUCGAGGAGCCUUGAGGAAAUGCAAACCCGAGUCGUUGCUACAAAAAUGUUUGGAACAAUGGGAUAUUUGGCCCCGGAAUUCACCAGCCAUGUAAUCACGCACAAGUUUGACUUGUAUAGUCUUGGUGUUAUAAUCAUGGAGAUGUUGACAGGAGAGAAGGAGAGUCAAGUUGUUGAGAAUGUGCUUGACUUUUGGGACAAUAGGUCGGAGCUAUCACAAGGAAACCCACAUUAUGAACAAAUACGAGUAUGUGCUGAGAUUGCGAUUGAGUGCACAAACUUUGAUCCAACAAAGAGACCCGUUAGUAUAGCACAUAUAAUGGAUAGGCUUGCCGAAACAGAAAGAAUGGAGGUUUUCCCAAAAAAUAAAAAGAGAAGAACAGAGGUAGUCCCAGCUCAGUACUCCUGCGGUGUACUGCAGGUUCAUCCACUAGAGCUCCGGUUUCCAUUCAAACCUAACAAGUCUAUCGCCUGCUCGUUUCGUCUAACAAACAAUACAGAUGAACAUGUGGCAUUUAGACUCAAGAAGAAGGGAGGGAGUUGGGAGGAUUACUUAGCAGAAUUGCCGAUGCAUGGUAUUGUGCCACCAAGGUCUACUUAUACUCUCGUUGUCACAACAAGAGAGAUGGAAGAGUUACCAAGAGAAACAAAUGUUGGUCUCAUCCUACAGACCAUUGUGCCUCCAUUCGAAGGAAAUAAGGAGUGCAACAAUUUUUUUGAGCAAGUUGAAAAACAGGUGAUUCCAUUGAAUGAGGUGGCACUGAUAGCUAUUUGUGUUCCACAAGAAGAAACAUCAACUAAGAUUAUACCCCUCAUAGGAAUUAAUUACAUCUUACGUUGCCUUGAUGCACAUCCAACAGAGCCAUGGAUUUUAAUGGGAAUUAAUGGACGCUUUGACAUAUGGAACUACGAUACUCAGAGUAUUGAGCAUUCAUUUGAAUCCCCAGGUGCAAUAGUCCGUUCGACAAAAAUAGUUGCACGAAAGCAAUGGGUUUUGACUGGCGAUGUUGAUGGUUACAUCCAUGUGUACCACUGUGGAUCAAAAGUGAAGAAAAUCAGGUCACUUGUAGGUUGUAAUUCAUCGGUUGCAUCACUGGCCAUUCAUCCUACCAAACCAUACAUGUUGUCAUCGAAUUACGGAUAUAUAGACCUCUGGGACUGGGACAAUGAUUGGAAGUGUAUACAAACAUUCUAUGAUGUCUCGGAUCUUUUUCGACGAAAUAAACACUCAAAUCAGGUGGCAUUUAACCCAGGGGACCCGGAAAGUUUUGUUAGUGCUUCGUGGCACACAAUAAAGGUUUGGAACCUUGAUUCUCCUGAAUCUCGUUAUACUCUGUCAGGCCAUUCAGGCACAGUGACGUGUCUAGAUUUCUUCACAUGUAAUGAUCAACAGUAUUUGAUUACUGGCUCUACUGAUAUGACGGCCAAGAUAUGGGACAUGCAGGAAAAGACGUGCAUCCAUACAAUUGAAGAUUUGACAUCUCCGUUCACUUGUGUCAUUUCCCUUCCUGACCGUCCAUAUCUUGUCACUGGUUCCGAGGAUGGUCGUGUUCGUUUAUGGAGCUCCUCUGAUUUCAGGCUUGAGAGGAUAUUUGACACUGGACUGCCGUUUAGCAACGCAAGGGAAGUUCGAGCACUCGCAUAUUUGAUGGACUCAAAAGGGGUUGUAGUUGGACAACGUGACGCCGUAACAGUAUUUGACCUCGACGAUUAUGAACCAGUUGUUAUCCAGGGAGACAAUGAAAGUUCCAUAUGAGCAAUAUACAAAAUCAAGAGUCUUCCUGGCAACGAGGACAAUCUUCAAUUAGUUGUUUUCAUUUUGUAUUGUGGACCCAUGUUUGUUCAGUUGGCAAUAUUGUUUGCGUGAAACCAGAACUUCUUUGCCUGCAGUUAAUCCUCGUGUAUUUUUAUCAACUA